CACAGCUUAAAGAGGCGGUAAAGGAUCCUCUGAUUAUCCCUGCGUUGUGUGAUGUUCUGAGGGGUGCUCAAGAUAUGCAGAUCCGCCAAUUUGCUGCAGUUCUGUUGCGUAGGUGCCUCACUAAACACUGGAAACUAAUCCCUAAAGAACAGCAAGAAAACCUGAAAUCUCUUCUGUUAGAAGCUAUCCAGAGAGAGCCAGAGCACAAGGUGCGUUAUGCUCUUGCUCAACUAACGGCUGUUAUCUUGAGAAACGAAAAGUUGGAACAUUGGCCACAAUUCAUCCAAUUUGUACUUCAGACGUCUCGUAGUGCAGUUCCUGAACACCAUCAGGUUGGUCUCCUCGUUCUCAAGUGUGCUCUGGAUCUCAGCGCUGAACUGUUCAAAACUCACUUCCCUGACUUGAUCAAAAUGUUUCACCAUACUCUGAAUGAUCUCCAGAAUCCUCCAGUUCUCUUCUAUACUCUGCAGUCUCUUACCAGUGUUGUACCAGAAAUGGCAAGCAAUGAAAUUAAUCUACUAAGGUCUCUUAUUGCAAAGAUACUAAUCGCCAUCAGACACCUGAUACAAAGCAAUGAGGUUCAGGCUUGUGAGGCAAUGGAAGUUUUUGAUGAGCUAAUGGAAGGAGAAGUGUCGGUUGUUGUGCAUCACCUUGCUGAGAUUAUUAUUCCUUUCUGUUUGGAGUUGGCGGUAAACACAUCCCUUUCUGAUAAUCUCCGUGUGAAGGCUCUAUCCUGUCUCAGCUUCCUUAUCAAAUUGAAGAGUAAGUCCAUCCUAAAGCAGAAGCUGCUGACUCCAAUUCUUAGUGCUCUUUUUCCCAUCAUGUGUGUGGAGCCUCCUCCUGGCCAGAUGGAUCCUGAGGACCAGGAAGAUGAGAGUGAGAUACUGGAGGAGGAGACUGAAGUGCAGACCCCUAAACACUUUGCAGUUCAGGUCAUUGACAUGCUAGCCCUUCAUCUACCUCCUGAGAAGCUCUUCCCUCAACUGACACCCCUUAUAGAACCCUGUCUCCUUAGUUCAAACCCAUACCAGAGGAAGGCCGGUCUUAUGUGUCUAGGUGUGCUCAGUGAAGGUUGUGCUGAACACAUUCGCAGCAAGCAUCUAAAGUCUAUGCUGAAAGUGGUGUGUGAAGCCUUGUCAAAUGAAAGUCAAGUUGUGAGAAAUGCUGCACUUUUUGCUUUGGGACAAUUUUCUCAAAAUCUACAGCCGGAUAUCAGUGAAUAUUCAGAUUCAGUACUUCCUCUUCUCCUGGGGUAUAUUUCCCAAGUUGAUCCAUCCCAUACUGCACAUCUAACAAAAGCCUAUUAUGCACUGGAGAACUUUGUGGAGAAUCUCGGCAGUAAGAUUGAACCAUACCUGCCCACUCUUAUGGAACGGAUCUUGGUGUCCCUAGACAACUCGAACAGUAACAGAGUGAAAGAGCUGUCAGUGAGUGCUCUUGGUGCUAUUGCCAAUGGUGCAGAGAAGUUACUUUUACCAUAUUUCUCUUCCGUGAUGGAGUCUUUAAAAGUUCAUCUUGUACAGACUGGAGAAGAAGGAAAACACAUACAGAUACAAUGUCUUGAAACGCUUGGCGUUUUGGUACGAAAUCUAGGAAAAGAUGCCUUCCUACCUUUGGCAGAAGAUUGCUGUCUUCUGGGACUAGGUCUUUGUGACAGAAUGGAUGACCCAGAUAUGAGGCGCUGCGCUUACAGCCUAUUUGCUGCUCUGUCUGGGAUCAUGGAAGAUUCAAUUUCUGUGCAUCUAGAGAAAAUGACAACGUUAAUGCUUUUGUCCCUGAAGUCGAAGGAAGGAAUAGUGGUCCAUUACAGUGAGAAUCGCACCUUCAUGCUCUUUGAAGAUGAAGCUGAUGAGGAUGAUGUGAUUAAGGAUGCAGAAGAGGAGGAGGAGGAUCCAGACAUUGAAGGGUUCAGUGUGGAGAACUCUUACAUAGAGGAAAAAGAAGAUGCUUGCUUAGCUUUAGGCGAGAUUGCAUACAAUGCAAGCUCUUCAUUUUUCCCUUAUCUUGAUUCAUGCUUCAAGGAGAUGUCUAAGCAUAUUGAGUCUCCUUAUACCGGAGUCCGGAAGGCAGUAUAUGACGCUUUGGGGCAGUUAGUACGUUCCAUGAAUAAUGUGUGUAAGAAGAACCCAAGUGAAGCCAACACAGCAGCCCUGUUGUGUCUCCUCUCUCUCCUAAUCCCUCCUUGCCUGCAUGGGGCGCUACACGAUAAAGAACGUGCAGUGGUCAUGUCUAUCCUGGACACUUUGAACCACCUACUGUGUACUGUCAUCCAAGCCGUUUUACAAUGCAAGACAUUGUGUCAGGAUCCUGAUGCAGAUGAUGAAGAUGAGCAGCAGGCGGAGAUGGACUCCAUGCUGAUAGAAUAUGCAGGAGAGGGGAUUCCUCUGAUCGCAGCAGCAGUCGGUGGCGCCACAUUUGCCCCAUAUUUUGCUGGAUUUCUUCCAUUGCUCCUUAACAAAGUUAAACCCAUUUGCUCACCAGCGGAGAAGUCCUUUGCAGUGGGUACUUUGGCAGAAUCUGUGGUGGCCAUUGGUCCAGCAACAGUUCAAUUUGUACAGCAAAUCCUCCCAGCUUUUAUCACAGGGGUGCGAGAUGAAGAUAACGAAGUGCGGAGUAAUUCAGUGUUUGGACUUGGUGUCCUAGCAGAGCAUGGUGGUGACGUUAUACAUCAACAAUACCCCAAGCUUCUCUCCAUAUUGUCUUCCAUUAUCAGCUGUGAGAAAAACGCACGGGUUAUGGACAAUGUGUGUGGGGCUGUAAGUCGAAUGGUGCUCAGUCACCCAAACGGUGUUCCUUUGGAACAGGUUUUUCCAGUGAUGCUACGUUCUAUGCCACUGAAAGAGGAUUUUGAGAAGAAUACUACAGUAUUCAAGUGCAUUGCAUUCCUAUACGAGAACUUCACUUCUCAGGUUAUCACACAGUUAGCAGAAAUUGCUAGAAUCUUUGGUCAUUGUUUGGGCACAAAGGAAAUACAACCAGAUACAGAGAACUGUUUAAUUCUCCUUUUGAGGGACAUCGCACAGAAGUUUCCACAAGAUUUUCACAAUGCUUUAAAGUCAGUUCCUGCUGAAGCAUCUUCCAAACUCAGUGCAGUUCUCGGUCCCGCAUGAGGAGCAUCUUAGAGGAAUUCAUAGGGCGCGUUUGUUUUCAAGUUUCAGUUCAUAGUUAAAAGUUUUAAAUUCCAGCCAUUGGACUAUGUGUUUAAGGUCACCAAGCAUUUGCAGUUACCUGUAUCUCAGAACAGUUUGCAGGAAGGUCUCAUAAAAUUGCACAGACUCUGAGGGGGCUCCACCAAUCUCAAGCCAAAGCAAUAAAGAUGAAAUGUUCUUUACAGACGUUAAAAA